AACUCCAUUCCGAUAGUUGAGAACGCAACGGGAACAUUGGAGAAAGAGCACCAGUGCCAUUCGAGCAAUGGGUCUUGGGACACAGUUUCUUUGUCUGUUUGUCGGAUGUAUCAGUUUGACGGGAUAUCAAUACUAUCGUGAGAUUACUACACCUUUACCGGUGCCAACGGUUAAAUUCGAUGAAUAUUGGGGACCUGGAGAUGCCGCCUUUUAUCAAGGAAACACUUCAAUACGGCCGUUCAAAAUUUCCUACAACACAUCAGUGAUACAGAAGCUGAUCCGACAGUUAACAGAUGUGCCUCAUCUAGCAGCUCCACUCGAAGGUGCCGGUGCGUUCGAGUACGGGUUUAAUAGUGAUCGUUUGCAAGAGAUCAUUCAUUAUUGGCGCGAACAAUACCUUCCAAAGUGGAGUACCGAGCGUGAACCGUAUCUGAACCGCUACCCGCAUUUCAAAACACAAAUUCAAGGCUUGGACAUUCACUACAUCCAUAUACGACCGAAUGCCGAUCAACAGAAAACAGUAAUUCCUUUGCUACUUCUGCACGGUUGGCCUGGGUCGGUCAGAGAGUUUUAUGACAUAAUUCCCCUGCUUACUAGUUCCUCCCAUGAGAAGGAUUUCACUUUCGAAGUGAUCGUACCGAGCUUGCCCGGUUUCGGAUGGUCACAGGGCAGUGCAAAGGUAGGAUUGGGUGGUCAAAAGAUGGCGAUCAUCAUGAAGAAUCUCAUGGAACGCAUAGGCCACAAGCGGUUCUUCGUGCAUGGAGGUGAUUGGGGAGCACUCAUUACAGACGUGAUGGGGACAUACUUUUCGAAGAACGUACUCGGUAUACAUCAGUCUGGCUGUGGCGUAAUCGGUACACUGGCGACAUUAAAAACCAUGAUCGCUAGCUUUUUCCCUUGGGUAUUUAUAGAGGAACGGCACAUUGGAUACUAUUUCCCCCUGCAAUCUUACUUCAAGGAAAUACUGCUUGAGUCCGGUUACAUGCACAUUCAGGCUACAAAACCGGACACAAUCGGUACGGUUCUAGUUGGUAAUCCGGUUGGAUUAGCGGCCUAUAUUCUGGAGAAGUUUUCCACACAAACAAACCGCGCCUUCCGUAUGCUUCCGGACGGUGGUCUUGAAAGGGCUUUCAAUCUCGAUGCUCUGCUGGAUAACGUUAUGAUAUACUAUUUGACUGAUAGCAUUACUACAUCGCAAAGAAUUUAUAUGGAAGCAUUUAGCAAGCGUGAACUGUUUGCCGGUGAGCUGGAACGAAUUCCCAACAUGGUACCGACGGCGUGUGCGAAAUUUAAGCACGAUGUACUACACACAAUUGACUGGGCUUUGAGGGGCCACUAUACGAAUCUUGUACAGAGCAAUCAUUUCGAUGAAGGUGGUCAUUUUUCGGUAAUGCAGUUACCCGAAGUGGUAUAUCGCGAUUUAGUACAGUUCGUUGGAAAGGUGUUGAAGACAAGCUGAGAUCAUUUUUUUAAAUGUUACACACCAAAUAAAUUUCUACGAACAUA